GUGAUGCUUCCAGCGAACGCCGAGUGGUUUGGUUGCUCUGCUCUGUGGGCUUUGUUUGUUUCGUUUGAGGCGACUUAGUAGCUUGCAUUUCACAACACAGGUAUUAUUGUGGAUAUCUGAAGUUCCGGUUGUGUGUUUCCAUUGCUGCUUGUAAAGUACCGCAGGCUCAUGGGUUGAUGUGCGCAGUGACAAGUGUAUUAAUCCAGAAGUUGCACAUAUUGCGUCCACGUUCGACGCCGAAUCAGCCGAGUGGUUUUGUCUCCUUCAGAAGAGCAGCGCUAGGAUUGCGCUGAUAAUUUGCUGAGAUCUACUGCACAGAACCAAGUGGCGCCAGUCACACACCAUGGAGUGCAACCGUGAAGAGCUGCUCGCCAACUUUCAGGCCUGCACCGGCAUCGAGGAUGUGGGCGAAGCGCUGAUCCACUUGGAGGAGACCGACUGGAACCUCCUGGAGGCUGUGAACCGGGUCAUCCCUCAAGACUCUCAGCUGCUGCCACCUGCCGGUGAUGGCGUGCAAAUUCAGGAGCUGAAUAACCCGCCAGAUGUCAGCGUGGGCGUAUCGGUCUCAUGCGGGGUCGACCCGCCAGACCCGAUGUCGCCCGUGGACGUGACGCCCCUCAGAGUCAUGUACUAUGGCAGAGUGCUGGAGAUCACACUCCCAUCGACAGAAACUGUAUCGACGCUGAAGAUCGUGCUGCAGGCGCAGACGGACAUCCCUCCGUGCCAGCAGGACCUGCGGCUGGACGGGCGGCCGCUGGCCGACGGCGGCGCUCGGCUCUCGUCGCUGUCGCCCGGCCAGAUGCUGACCCUACAGCAGGGCGCCCUGCCGGCGACGGCCUCCACCUCGGCCGCCAGCUUCAGCGUGGGCGCCAGCUCGUCAGGCCCGAAGCAGUACCUGUUGAACGUGAACGACCUGGCGACGGGCCAGCAGUACAGCGUGCCGUGCUCGUCGGCCACCACCGUCGGGCGCGUGAAGGCGGACGUGGCGACGCUCACCGAGACGCCGGCCCGCCAGCUCAGCUGGAGCGGCUGGCCGGCCGACACCGCCGACUCGAGCACACUGGCCGACACUGGAAUAGGCACGACGCACACGCUGUCGGUCAACCGCGUGACCCAGGCCAGCUCGGCGUCCAUGCCCGCCGUCGACCUGGCCAGCGACACGUCCUCCGUCGAGUACCAGGACGCCUCGGAGGUGUUCGACGAGAAUGACGACGCUAUGUUCGUGAACGUGGACCGGCCCAAACGGGUGCCUCUAGUGCUGGAGGACACCGAGGACGAGCUGGCCGGCGUGCUACACUUCACGGAGCAGUUCGAGGUCCGCUACGGGCCGUGCCACCCCACCUUCUACCAAGGACCGCUGGCAGAGGCGGCCGAGGAGGCCUGCGCCAAGCCCGUCAACGAGCGGCGAAUGCUGGCGAUCUACCUGCACCACGACGGCAGCGUGCUGGCCAACGUGUUCUGCUCGCAGCUGCUCUGCUCAGAGUCGAUCGUCGCCUACCUUGCCAGCAACUUCAUCGUCUGGGGCUGGGAUAUCACGUUCCCCAGCAACCAGAACCGGUUCCUGGACCGCGUGACGUCACAGUUCGGGGCGCGCACGCGCGAGGCGCUGCUGAUGUCGAUGGACCGCGACCGGCUGCCGCUGCUGCUGCUGCUGAUGCGCAGCCGCGGCAGCACCGAGGUGCUCUCGGCGGUGCACGGCGACACGUCCGUCAACGAGCUGAUGGGCACGCUCAUCCACACGCACGACAUGUUCAGUCAGCAGAUGGCCGUCGAGCAGCGCGAGGAGGAGGAGCGGCGCGCGCGCGAGGACAUGAUGCUCGAGCAGGACCGGGCGUACCAGGAGUCGCUGCUGGCCGACAGGGCGAAAGAAGAAGCACGGCGAGCUGAAAGAGAAGAGCAGGAGAAGCAGGAGACAGAAGAAAGAAAGGAACGGGAACGGCAGGAGAGCCUAAAACAGCAGGAAGAGGCGGUCCGUCAGGCUGUGCGCGAGUCGCUGGAGUCUGACCUGCCGCCAGAGCCGGCCGAGGACAGCACCUCGCCCGUCACCACCAUCCGCGUCCGCGGUCCGGACGGCGCCAGCUUCGGCCGCCGCUUCCUGGCGUCCGAACGGCUUCAGGUGUUGCUGAAUUACGUCACUGUACAGGGAUUUCCAAUGGACCAGUUUAAGCUCAUCAGCAGCUGGCCGCGUAGAGAUGUAUCCAGCCUAGACAAGACGGCGUCGUUGGAGGCGCUCAAGCUGUGCCCCCAAGAGACGCUCAUGCUAGAGGAGAGAUGACUGGCGGCCGAGCCGCCGGCCGGCGGGCGGCGCGCACGCGCUCAGCGCCGGCCGCCGGGCCAGUCCUGUGACCCCGCGCCGUCUGGCCGCCCUCAAUAAACCAGU